UUUCGAACAUCACAGUCACAUAUAUCUCGACAUGAUUGCUUUAUGAGUGCAAAAUUCAUAUAAACUUUAUUUAUUGCAAUAUGAAAAAUUAUUAGUCAACCGUCUAAGUAAGCCAUAAUGAAUGAGGACAUAGAAUUUGAUGAAUAUUGCGACCCUUAUAAUCCAAGGAAAAUAAAAUAUGACGAUAUAUUGGCAGCAUCGAGACGCAUUGCGGGCGCCGUCAUUCGAACACCCUGCACGAAAGCCCACAUGGCAGAACGAUUGGGUAUGGAUUUAUAUUUGAAACAAGAAUUCAUGCAGUACACAGGAAGCUUCAAAGAGCGCGGAGUUCGCAACACACUUUUACUAUUAUCUGAUGAGCAAAAAAAAUUUGGCGUAAUAACUGCUACGACCGGCAACCACGGGAUAGCUAUGAGCUACCACGCUUCGCAACUUGGAAUACCUUGCGUCAUCGUCGCGCCAGUAUAUGCACCCCUCAAUAAAGUUACUAAGUGCGAACAGAUGGGAGCAAAACUCAUACUAUAUGGCACCAAUAUAUGGGAAUCAAAAUUGCACGCUAUGUCUAUCAAGAAAGAGAAAAGGAUGACAUAUAUUAACGGUUAUGAUCAUCCAAAUGUAAUCGAAGGGCAUGGGUCUAUUGGAAUAGAAAUAAUAGAGCAAGUGCCAGCUGUUGAUGCAAUAGUGGUACCCUGCGGUGGAGGAAGCUUAUUAUGCGGUAUCGCUAUUUCCGCCAAGCAUUUAAAACCUGACACUGAAAUUUACGGUGUAGAGACAGAUAAAACUUGCAGUAUGGUGGAAUCAUUACGAAAAAAUGAACGAAUCAAAAUGGAUAUGCCAUCGACUAUAGCUGAUGGAAUAGCGGUGCCCAUGGUUGGGGUCAAUACUUUUUAUAAUAUCAAAGGGCUUGUAGACAAAAUGAUUGUAGUAAAAGAGGAUUGGGUGGCUAGAGCUAUAAUGCAUCUCGUUGAAGAAGAGAGGUUCGUAGUAGAAGGUGCAGGGUCAGUCACAAUUGCCGCUGUUAUGGCUGGUCUUUUUCCUAAUCUUAAGGGAAAAAAAGUAGUUUGCGUAAUCUCUGGAGGAAACAUCGACACUACGAUCCUUGCUCGUGCACUCGAACGUGGGAUGGCGGCAGAAGGCCGAUUAGUGAAGUUCAAAGUGACUGUGAACGAUAGGCCUGGUGGUAUGGCUGACAUGUGCGCCUUGCUUGCCGGAAUUGGAGUCACAUUACGAGACCUGGUACCUGAGAGAGCUUGGGUCAAAGGCGAUGUUUUCAGUGUGGAGCUGAAGGUAAUAGUAGAAACGAGAGGUUGGGAACACACAAAGGAAUUAAUCGAUCAAAUAAAGAAACACUACAAGGAAUAUUACUUUCAAGAUAUGAACGAACACCCGGAGAAGACUGUUGGAAAUCGACGUGGACCCUGCUUAGCCCCCAAUCCUGUUUGCAUGCAAAAAUAAACUAUUAUUUCUAACUACGUCAAUAUAAACUUGAGCCUCUUGUUUGUAAUUUUUUUAUAAUACACAUGUUUUUCAUGUUGCUUUUAUGU